AUGAGACAGACCCGGUUGGCAACCCUCCGUCUCAGUGAGGAGAUGAAAACUGUGGCUACUGGCACCACAAGCACCAAAUACUGCGACAGUGGUAUUAUAGUGGCCGCUACCAUCGUCACGGCAACAAAUCGGCCUGUCAUUCCAGUCGGGUCAGCAGAUGGUCAGAUUCUCCGUCUGAUAGGCAUAGACAACUACUUGAGGGCUCGGCCUGCCAAAAUGCUCCUAGCUGAAGUAUGCCCGGCCACAGGGGCUAGUUGGCACAGCAUACGGUCGAAUGUAAGCUGUUUAGUGGAGAACCUCAAAAUUGGUGCGUUCACGGGGUCAGAAAUGGAGAAAGAGGGUAUGUACAAGAGGUCAGCGCACUUUUGGGCUCUGGACUUGACCCCGUUCGGGACGGUAGUAGACUAA